AAAUACGGGCCUUUAUUAUCAGCUCGUUGUUGCAGUGAUAAUAUCUCGCUGGAUGACAACUGUGAAUUUCCAUGAAUGUAUAUAAAUCGAUCAAUUGCCGCUGAUGUUUAUUUCAUGGACUAACGCCGAGCUAGUAAGAGAGCAUCUAAAUGGAUAAUAGAACGGUAUUAGAGAAUGCGUCGAUGUCAAAUCUCAGCUGCAACUCCUCGAGGUGUUAUCAGGGCAUCACGCUGAAUCAGACGCAGCUAGUGUACCAAUUCCUCCAGGUCUACAUUUUACCGGUGAUCGUCUUCUCUGGACUUAUAGGAAACACACUGUCAGCGUGUGCGUUCCUCGUCAAAGAACUCCGACGAAUAUCCUCCACGGUUUACGUGAUUGCUGUUUUGAGCGCCGAUAGUGGAGUGCUGGUUUCUCUAUCUUUCGUGUGGCUAGAAGGUCUCGGUUUUCGGUUGAAUCAUGAAGAGGGCAUGUGCCAAUUCCAAGUGUAUUGGAGUUACAUCUGUACGUUUUUAUCAAUCUGGUUCGUGGUUUGCAUAACUGUUGAAAAUUACAUUACAAUAUGCCAUCCAACCCGAAUUACCUCGAUGUGCACAGUUCGGCGGGCCGUGAUCACAACUGUGUCGUUGUUGGCGUUCGCUCUGAGUUUUUACUCGGUGUUUAUUGUGACAACCACGGUCAACGUUCACAAUAUUGGUGUCAGAUCCGUCAAGAUGUGCGAAACAGGGACCAAAUAUACACAGCUACUGGUGUUAUUCGUCAAUGCAGACACGACCAUUACGUUCAUUGUUCCUUUGGUUUUGAUCCUAUUCAUGCUGAUCGCAAUCUCUCUUUCUGUCAUCAAGUCGGUGCAACUCAAGAAGAAACGAAGCAUGAAUCAAAGACAUUCGAACAAUAACAGAGCUAAGUCCAUCCCGCAGGUGCGCGUUGCCAAAAUGUUGUAUAUUUUGUCAUUGACCUUUGUCAUCCUGAGCAUUCCAAGUCAUAUUCUACGAACGUACAUCUCAUUCGGACCAUCGUCAGACACAAUGCAGGUAUCAGAGACUGUCGCGUUGGUUCAUGCCGUGCUUCAAUUUGUUUACUAUACUAACUUUUCAAUUAAAUUUUUGUUGUUUGCAUUUUGUAGUAAAAAUUUUCGUAAGUCCUUAGCGACCGCUUUGGGAUGUCGCCACUUUUCAUACUCUCCUGUGAGUAAUACAGAAAGUACAAGAUUAUAAUAAAAUUCAAUUUCUCAAGUUUUUUGUUCUUUGUUUUUUUUGGGUUUUUUU